GUGCAGGCAGCCGCUGCCGUUGUGGUGGAUCAUCGUUAUCGUCAUUGUCAUGUGAAACGAAAGAGGAAUCCGCGUCGUCCGGUGAAACAAGAGCAGGAGCAGGAGCAGGAGCAGGAGGAGGAGGAGGAGGACGACGACGACGACGACAAGAAUCAGCAGCAGCAAAAGGUGGAAAAGCGGAGCGUGGAUGAGGAACAGGAACAGGAUCAUCAACGCAAUGUCCUGCGCCGCGUCCACGAUGCAGCCAUGUGGAGCUGAGGAUUCGGUUAACCCAGAUUCAUAGCUGUACGACAUAUAUGUUUUAUAUAUGUCCCCCCCCUCGAACCCCCCUACAUAUACCAUAUAACCCCACACCACACCACACCACACACAAAACACAACCAAGAGGGUGAAUCGAUUUGCGUAGGGUGCAAAAACCUGUUCAUGAACAAUUCUAACUAAUUUCGCUGUAAAAACUUUGGAGCUAAUAACGUUUUUGAGCUCGAGUUGCUUGAAACCGAAAAUGGUUCAA